AUGGAAGUAUCCAAGAAGCUAAACAGACAAGAUGUCAUUCUUCGUAAAUUCAAAGAACUAAGAACCNAUUCAUCUGCAUUAUAUCAUGAUUUAAAGGAGACAAUCAAUGCCAAGUGUGCAGACAAUCUUCCAAAAAAAUUCUCAUUGUCACAUCAAAAAAUGAGAUACUUAAUCACUGAAUCUUUGGCCCCAUAUUUCUUUGAUCAAAUGGUAGAUGAUGCACAAUGGUCAUAUUAUAGCAUUUCUUAUGAUGAGACAUGCAAUUUAUUGUCUCUCAUAAAUGAGGAAAUUCUGACAACUCGCAAAAAAGGCCUCAUCAAGAUAGGGACUUGCAGCAUUCAUACAAUCCACAAUGUUUUUUUGAAAGGCCUGGAAGAGUUGGGCGGAGAUAGUGAUCUCAUCAUAGCAACACAUAAAUCAUUAAAUUGUUCUAACAUCAACGCUGAACUCUAUUUAGGAAUAUCUAGUGCUGAACUAUUCACAAAAUUUACUGGACAUUUUCAGUGCAAUGAUCCUUUAAUACAUAAACUUUAUAGUGAAUUGCUUACUCUGGUGUGAAGAAAAUUCAGUGUGAUAAACAGGAGAAAACAAGAGAAGUGCAGAAACUGCAGCAUGACUUAAACAAAAGAAAAUCGUCUUUAAUUACAAAUUUUUUAACAAGAAAUCAAAAAAUGUAUUUUGAAAUAAAUCGCAUUUUCAAUUUGACAUGUUAUAUGGAGACACAUUCUGGUAGUUAUGUUACUCUUCCAUUUCCUUUGCUGUAUAACGGUAGGAACUCCGUACGGGGCACAUGAAAACUAAAUGCAGGCCCGUUCUGGCUUAAUGCAGUCUUACUGGUCACUUUUAACUUAGCCUAAUUAUUUUCAUAUUUAAUUUUUUCAGUCCAAUUAAAAGCUAUUGAUACAAAAUGUGUGUGUUUUUAAUCAUGCCUGUUAUAGUUCACUUUAUCACUAUUAGCGUUUUCAGCUUUUUUCAAUGUAGACACUCUUUUUUCACUUUUUUUUCACUGCCAUGACUGCUUUAAACCCUGUCAUUAUGAACUUGGCAAGUCCAUAAUGGGCAUGACAAACGCUAUUUUAGUAAUCACAAGGUGAAAAAAUAUAUUAGCGUAUUACUAAUAUAUAUAGUAC